AGAAAUGUGACUUGGGGGUGCGUAUUACGCACCUUGGCUCAGUAUAGCAUUCGCAGCGUUUUGUUUCUGGGUCCUUCCUUUAUUCCUCAAAUUGACGACGAAACCCCUUUCCCUUUGGCUUCCUUCUCCGCAGAUCCCAGUCAUUCCGUUCGCUGUAUCCGCCCUUUCAAUUAAUUUCGCUGUCAUCUGCGGUUGGAUUCUGUUUUCGCGGUUGAAAAUUGCGUAAUUUUGAUACGAAUUCUUCGAAUCCUCGUCAAGCAUCAGGCAUCCAAUAUUUGUAACUGGUGCUAAGUAAGCUUGUUCGAGAAUCAGACAGGAUGCGGGGAUAUGAUAGAGCUGAGUAUUAUCGAAGUGAUGAAGAUUUAGAUGAAUAUGAGGAGGAAGGGGAAGAAGCUGAUGAGGAUCAAUAUGAAGAAGAAGAAAAAGAAGCUCCAAAGCCUACCAAGGAGGAAGUGGAAUAUCUCGAAUUGAGGCAAAAAUUAAAAGAAUCUUUCAGAAAGCAGUUGAAGAAGGACACUGGUUCUGGUCACAACAUUUACCAAGAGAAAAGGAAGAAACUUCCAUAUGACAAUUAUGGAUCCUUCUUCGGUCCUUCUCAACCGGUUAUUGCUCAAAGAGUAAUCCAAGAAAGCAAGUCAUUGUUAGAAACUCAGCAUCUGGCAUCUUUGGUUACAAACUCCCAUCACAAUAACAAAAAGAACUCUACUUCAACCAAUGCAGGAUCAAGGCCUAGAGAACAGGGCCACCGACCCAAAGUCAUAAAUGAGCUAAAAGUGAAGGCUCAGAAACUUAAGAAUACAAGAGAUUACUCUUUUCUAUUAUCUGAUGAUGCAGAGUUUCCAGCUCCUAGAAAAGAGCCUCCACCUCGAAAAGCUCCUGUUCCUAACUCUGAGUCACGGUCAGUUCAAUUACCACAAAAAAGCAUACCACCAAAAAGCAAACCACCUUUGAGCAACACUGGCAGACAAGCUCCUAGCAGCCGUGAAGAGAGAAAACCAGUUUCAAUGAAUGGUCAAAUACAAGCUAAAGCAGGAUCCCAGAAGUUAGUUUCUGCUAGCAAGCCUAAUUUGAUGUCAGUGGAUUCCAGAAAACAGCUUGGUACCAAUAAUGGAGCUGGUCCUGGCCGGCCUGUGGGCCCAAAAAGCCUGCCUUCAAAAAUGCCAGUUUCCAGUGCAGAAAAGAAGGCUUCUGCACCAGGUGCAAGGAGUUCAAUGUCUAGUUUGCACAAGGCCCCCCCUUCAAAGUUGCAUCCUUCUAUUCCAAGGCAAAACUUGGACCAGAAAAGGCAAUUUCAAGAUUCUAAUAAGGGUAAAAUGAUGCCAAAGCAGAGAGUGGAUUCAUCAAGGCCUCAGAUAAACAAGCCACUUAAGCAAAUGUCAUCACACUCUACUUUGUCGGACCAUCGCCCCAAGAAAAAACCUGUUAGACGGUACUCUGAUGAUGAGGAUGAUGAUGAAGAUGGAAAGGCUAUUAAUAUGAUCAGGCGAAUGUUCGGGUACAACCCCAAUAAAUAUGCAGGCCGUGAUGAUGAUGAUGAUAGUGAUAUGGAGGCUAACUUUGAUGAUAUUUUGAAGGAGGAGAGGAGGAGUGCAAGAAUUGCAAGGGAGGAAGACGAAAGGGAACUUCGUUUGAUAGAGGAGGAGGAAGAACGGGAGCGGCUGAGAAAAUUGGCAAAAAAGCGCAAGCUGAGUCAGCGAUGACAAUAGAAAAUCAAUUUAAUUUUUAUGUGGGGUUUGUUUGGGUUGGGUAACUUAAGCCUUUCUUGAUGGUUCUCCCCUCUUGUAGCCCCCACCACCCACCCUUGUGAAUUAUGGGACUUCAUUAUUCCUCAUUCUUAGGAAUUUUAUUGGCAAUUUUAGAUGUAUUUUUCAGGAUGAAGGAGAAUAUAUUUGGAAGGAUAUUUGGGGAUGUUGGUUCUCUUCCUCAGGAGUAGUGUCAGCUGUACCCUGUAGGCAGUCUCACUUGUUUGUAUGAGGACCAGGAGAUAUUCAAGAGAAUACCGUCGACUUAGGCAGACUUGCUACAUACAACUUUUUGACAUUCGAAUAGCCCCUAAUUGGGUUCGGUUCCACCAGGAGAUAUUCAAGAGGAUACCGUCGACUUGGGCAGACUUGCUACAUACAACUUUUUGACAUUCGAAUAGCCCCUAAUUGGGUUCGGUUCCCCCUGCCGAUGUAUAGCAUAUCUUGACUUCACAUGAUAUCUUGAAAUUCUGCUGUGUUUGUCAUUAACCCAUCCACUCUCCAGUUCUCUACUAAUGUUGAAGGAGACAGUUGUCAUUUGUUUAUUAGUUCCAUAAUCCUAAGAACCGUUUUGUACGGUUGUCGGGUCGAGGAUUUGGCCUUGGAGUGGGUGUUCUUCUGAGUGUGGUUUGGGCCCUGCACACUCGUCAAUUGUCUCAUCUCCAACAAGCCCGUCUAUGUAAUAUUCCCUUUUCCGCUAUGACGGUGGCUCUAUGACUUUACUAUGUUUUUCAAA